CCCAAAGCCAAGGCAAGAUGGCGUCACUGCAUUACGGGCCCAUUGUCGACUAGAAAAGUUUUUGCUUACAGUUUCUGUAAGUGCUUUUCUGGAUAGCCGACAUGCAGCUCAUAAAGUGCAUUAACAUUCGAUUUAAUAUGUUCAUUUAAAUGGACACUAUUAUUCUGAGCGCAUAUCAAAUUAUAAAUUAAAGAAAAUUAUAACACUUCGUGCCUCUUCAAAUUCUGCACAAACAAUUGUCUGUCUUCCCUUUUUAUUCUUUGUUGUAGUUGUAAAUAGUGUUACUGUUGUACGAAUGUCAUGGAGGUUUAAGCCACUGUUUUGUCUUUUUAUGAAAGUUAAAUACUGUUUUGUUGAAUAAAUAUAAAUUACCCCAUCCAUCUAGUCACAUUCUGAUUCAGCGUCUAGUCUCCACUGUCCUACUAGCCAGUGUGCUGUGUAAGACUAAGUAACUUAAGUAGUACUACUAAGUAGGCCAUGAUUUUUAACUGUAAAGAAAGUUACAGCAAUAAAACUAAAUGGCUCUAAUAAUUAAAAAGUCAAAGAAUGUUCCAUGAAAUGUUAAUAAAAAAAUCCUUCAGUGAAUUCAUGGGUAAUUAUAAAAUUAAACAGCUAAGCUAACUUGACUAAGUCUAAGUACCGGUAUUAGUAUUAGAAAUAGGUCUGGAAACAAUAAUUUAAAGCUAUCAAAUCAACAAAAUAUGUUGUUUUUUUCUUCAUCUAAAAACUCACUUCUUCUUUAUAAUUUAUAGAUAGGCCUAAUAAAAAGUAACAUGUCAUUGAAUCAAAGUUUAAUACAUACUGAUAGUGAUGGUAUAUUGAUAGUCCUGUAAUAAAUAAUAACACACAAGUAACAGUGACAAACAAUUAAGUUUUUUUAACAAUUAUUCAAAUUAGACCUAUCCUACACUUAUAAGUUUGAUAAGUCCUAAAUAAACAUAAUAUUCAAAUUAGGAAAGCAUUGAUUGGCUGAUGCACUUUAAAAAAAGUAUUUUAUUUCACCAGUGAUUAAGAUUUCAUCCUGAUGAGAUGAAUAUCUUUUCUUGGUUUUAUUGUUUAAAAAUUCAGCUUAUUUUCUUAUCAAGUAUUAUCACAAUAACAAAAAAGUUUUUAUUGUUUGCUCGAUUAUUUUAUAAUAAAGUUCAUUUACUUUAUUAAUUUUUUCAUUAUUAAUUUUCGCCUCACGUAUUUUAAUUUCUAAAAAUGACAAGCUUUUUAUAAAGGCAUGUCAUUUGAAUUUAGUCCAGGUAUUAGCCUAUAUUUCAUCAAUGGCAGUACAUUCCACCUAUAUUCUGUCAGAUUCUUUCAUCUCCAUGCAACCUUUUCUCAUUGAGCUUUUUUCUCAAAUACCGGUAGUCAAAUCGACUAAUACUUAAAGAAAUGUUUGGCCUACCGGUGUAUCUAUAUUUUAAUAUAAUUUAUUAUGAUGGAUAAGUAUUUCUAAGAGCUUGAAAUUUGAUCCAUCUUUUAAAUUUGGUAGGUAUAAUUAUUGGGAAUUUCAAUUAAAAAAUAUUCCUGAAUUUAUUAUCAUUGAAAAGUAUAUGUCUAUCUGGGAAAAAUAUGAAAAUGUCAACUUAUAUUUAAUUCAAUGGUAUUAAUUUGUACUACAUUAUGAAUUUUACACAUGCAUUUAUAAAAUCUAAAAUUUUCUUAUAAAAUACUUCUCAUAGAAAAUGGAUUACUGGUAUUUUACUUGAAAAAAUGUAUACCGGUAAUUUAAAUAUUAAAUGCAUCUGACGUUCAGAAGCGUUGGGUGGGCCCUGCAGUUUUGGAUAUUUAAGGGGACAAAAGUUGUGAUGUGGAAAAAAUAUUUACACUGCAUGAGGCAAAAGUCCCAAAAAUGGCAGAGAGGCCUCCAAAAGUCAUGUGACAGCCCUGCUUACAGGCACUCAUCUAUAGGUAUAACUAUAAGAUGACUUGUUGACUUAGUGUUUGGGUCAUUGUGCCAACAAUGCUGAUAUUUUUAAAAUGUUGAUUUUUAUAUUUAAAAUAUUUGGCUAGAAUUUAAUGCCGUUUAAAAACAAUUUUGACAUUAAAUAUAGUAAGAAACUACCAUACUGUAGAAUUUUUUAUUUCAUUUACCUUAACAAACUUUAAGAUAAUAUAAUAUUUCUUUAUUGAUCCAAAUAAAUGCAUUUUUUAAAUACAUUUUACACAUUCAAGGGCUGCACAUUAAUAACUAUGAUUAUAACCAAUACAUUUUAAAACAAGAACAAUUUAAAUACAAGACAUUUAAAGUACUUCUUGAGCAUAAAAACCUGACAAUAAUGACUUAUUUAGUGAUCAAUUAGCUUUUGCAAGUGGUGGAAGCACACUGAUAAUCAGGAUAACAGUCCAUACAUUUUUGUAAUGAAAUUUUAAACUUAUUUAAUUACAUCUUGUUUAUCUUUAAAAUAUUUUGAGUUAUAAAUUGUAUCCUUUUUAAGUUAUUAACUCAUGAAGUCAAAUCUGUUUGUGUAAGGAUUUUUGGGGCCCUGUUGUUGUUUUUUUCUUUUAUAGGGUACCAGGAGUAAGUUAAGUGGUAAAUAGUAAAUGUUUUUGCAUUGAAACUCAUUACAAUUUUCUAAUUCAUUACAGGAGACCAUAAAUUACGACCAUAUUCUGAUCUUCAUUAACUAUGUCUGGACAAAUUGUACCAGAGGCAUCCUCAUCUGUGCCUUCAGUGGGGAUUUCUGGAGCCUAUAAAAAUCAAACUACCAGUAAUCUGCAUGUGCAGACAACAUUACCCACUACCAAUAACUCUAAAACUGGCAAUGUUGGUCGGCAGAAUUCCCAGAACUUGGAUCAGAGUUCUCCACAACCAAUGUCACCAGAUCCUGUUCAUGAUCUUGCACCUGAGUUGCUGCAAGCAGGCUGGAGGAAGUUCUGGAGUAGACGUGAAGGUCGACCAUAUUAUUUUAACAAACUGACUAAUGAAUCUCUCUGGGAGACUCCCAUGCUAGGUGUUGCGGUGAGCAUAUAUUGAUUUUGUAAAUAUUUUAUUAUCUAAAUGGUGAAAGGGUUCAGAAAUUUUAAUUAACAUUUUAAUUUAUACCUUGGUUGCACACCCUUGCCUGUGUUUAUUGAAAAUAUACAGUGAGUAAAAAUUCAUAACAAUGGAAUUUACACCCAUGUCUACGUUUAUUAAAAAUAUUGAUUAAAAUUCAUAGCAGUGGUCCACGUUUUACCCUUUCAGCGCUUAUAUACAAUGUACCUUGUAAGCCAAAGGUGCGAGGUAAAUGUUGAUUCCCAUUCCAUUAUAUCCUUUUUUUUGGCAGUAAUUCUCUUCUGUUUACAAUUGUUGAACUUGAAAAAAUUUGUCAGGAUGAACAUAUUUUUGUGGUAACUUUUAAGCUGAUUUCUUAAAUUGUGUAAGCCAGUGUUUCCUAAAAGUGGUGGUCCGCACAAUGUGAGUCAAGAAGCUGGAAAAUGUUAAAUGUUUGAAUCUUGUUUCAAAACCGCUUUAAAAAAUGUGAGAUUUUCUUGAACAUAAAUAUACCCCACAUUGUAUGCACCUAGAAGUAGAAGUGCCAAACCUAUAAAGAAAAAAAAAAUGUUCAAAACAUGGCCAAAUUAAUUUAAAAAAUAAUUUUUAGUUUUACAAAAUCAUGACUUAACUCAACCCCAGCUAAUGUUUCUAUCGAAAAAUGUAAGUGCAACUGAUCCAUAUCAAUUGUCUUUGUAGAAUUUCACCCUCAGCAAGUAUUUGUGCACUACACUCCCUCAGUUCUUUAUUUCUUAUGAUGUUGAGCUAUCAAAUCGUAAUUAUCAUUUUUUUCUUCUCUAAUUCUUUCUUUAGCAUGAUCCAAUAACUGACCCCUUAGGCAUUAACACAGACACAACAAAUGGUGGUAUACCAGUUCCAGGUUCCCUUGACAAAAGACUUAGCCGACCAAGCACAGAGCUGAAUCCUAUUCCAGCUGUAGCAAAGCGAAGAGCAAGCGCAGAAUUAUGUGUUGGGAGUCCUUUGAAGAAAGCACAAUUAAACUACAAGUAGGUUUAAUUCAAUUUUUAAAAUGUAUAAUUUUAAAACGAAUGUUCCAGAUAUCAAAUUCAUGUCAGAAUUUGGUAAAAAUUCAUAAGCAAACUAAUGCAACCAUUUAACAAGGAAACUUUGCUGUUUUAGCAAAGUAUGCAAGGCAUGUCUUCUGUAAAAACUGCCAUUAAUCAACUCUUUCCUUCUAGACCGUUCUGGAAUUUUGAUAUUCCAACAAAUGCAGUGAUAAAAGAGAGAGCACCAUUGCACAUACCACCACCCCAUCCUGAAAUUGAAUCCACAAGAAGCUUGCUAGUCAUGCAGCUCCGUAAAAAAUAUCAAGAUAUGUGUACACAGCGAGAAAGUAAGUAAAACAAAAAUAAAAUGAUGUUUUUUUUUUGUUGGAACUCUCAAUACAAAGGGAAAGAAAGUUAACCGGUUAUAGACCAUAAAGUUUAUUUCAAUUUUAUUUUAUAAUGCUACAUUAAUGAAAAAAGCUACCUGCACCUGUUUUAAAUAAUUGUUAAUAAAACAAAAAAAGCCAGUCUAAUCAGACAUUAAUUCACAAACUGUAUAAACAUUUUCUUUAAGAAUUUAACAGUUAAUUAUAUUAUGGAAAUUAUGUAAAAAUAAAAAAAAAAUAAUUUACAAGGAUAAACCAGAGGAAUAUACUGCUUGUUUCUGAGUAUAUCACAUGUAAGAUAUUCAGCAUCAAUAUUAGUAAUUAGGUAAAAGUUAUGCAAAAAUAAGGUUAAUGGUAUGCAAGCAUUCACAUGAUGUAAAAUCUAAAUUCAAGUUAAAACAAUUUACUUCAUGAACAUGAAAUGGAUUCAAAAGCUCCUGUUUUACUUUUGCCAAAAGUGGAGCUCAUGUGCUUAUGGAAAUUUGGCCAUUUCCUUUUGAACCCACAUUUUUUGCUGCAGACGAAAUAAAAUUAUAUAUAUUUUUUUUUUAACAAUUAUCCCAAAAUAUAUUUUUAAUGCUUAAUUACAAGUUAAACCCUCAAUUUGAAAGGGAGAAAAUUAUAGACUUUUGAAAAUAAAAAUGGUUUGUUUAAUCAACUUACAUGGAUGGAGAAUAUAGUUAUUAUAAAAACUGUAAUGUAAAUAUGAGAAAAUUGGCCUAAAUUAAUACAAUCCUCCUGAGCAUUUCAUUUUUACCAUAUUUGGGGUAAUUUACCCCAGUUCACUGACCCUUCGUUCAGAAACUGUAAUUUAACUUUUUAAUAUUCUACGCUAGAUAUAGAUGCUCCAGUAGACUCCUUUAACAGGUGGCUUUUGGAACGUAAAGUGAUUGACAAAGGAAAAGAUCCACUUUUGCCAUCAGACUGCACCCCUGAGUUGUCCAAUUCUCUUGUUCAUGAAAUAAUGGAGGACAUCCCCAUCAAAGUUAUCAAACCCAAACUAUCAUCAGAUGCACGAAAACAAUUGUUCAAAUAUGCUGAAGCAGCCAAGAAAAUGAUUGAAACAAGGUACAUUCUUGUAAAUUUUUUUUUGUUUUUUUUUAAAUGCUAUUGGAGUGUCUGCAUCCUUAAUCUUGUGCUUCAUCAGUACUAGCUUAAGUUUAGGAAAGAAAGCUAACCUUGAAAAAAAAAUGCAUUUCCUGAACAGCUGAAAAAAAGUUUCUGUAAAAAAAAAAAAGUAGUUAUUUUAAUAAUUUCACUUUAUUUUUAUGUAGUGAUUGAAUUAUUCAUUGUUAAAUAAAUCUGUAAUAAAAUCUUUUAUCUUAUUAUGAGUAUUGUGACAUAUUUUUAAAAAGAUGCAUUCUUAUUCUAAUUAUUAAUCAUUUGUUUUUUUUUGAAUAAAGAAAUUUUUUUUUUUUUUUUUUACUUUUAAAGAUUAGCUAGUUAUUGUGUCAAUAUAUAUUUUAUAAUUUUUUUCCUCUUCUUAAAUUCAUAAUAGUAGGACUACUUCACAAGAAGGUCGAAAAGUUGUGAAGUGGAAUGUUGAUGAAACAUUUAAGUGGUUACGAAAGAAGCACAACAGUUCUUACGAAGAUUAUUUGGUAAGUUCUCUCUAAUGUUUAAAUUAACAUAAUUUCAGCUAAAUACUUUUGGGUAACUCAAGAAUUUUUUUACACUUUUGUAUUCCUUUUUUCAAACAAGUUCUAUGUUGAACUUUAUUAAAGUAUCAAAUUAAAAAUACUUGCAGCACAACUCAUUAUUAAUUUUUAACCUCCUAAGUUUAAGGGGGGGGGGGGGGGGGGAACGAGGGCAACUCAUAUCUGAAUGCAGCUGCAAACUAUUUAAACUGUGUGAUGUAAAAGUAAUUAUUAAACAUCUUAAUGUGUUUUUGUUUUAAUGAACACAGUAAAAAAAAUUUUGUUUGGUGAAAGUUAUAAUUAUAAUUGUCAAAAUGGUAGAACACAAACCAGUUAUGAUGAAAAAAAUGAAAAAGAUUACUUGUACGAGAUUUAUCCAGUUUUUUAUUAAUGUGGUCGGAUACAGAAAGGUACAUUUUUAAAAUUUUAGUAAAGCAUCCAGGUAUCAGUGGAGAUUUGCUUGUGAAACCGUUCAGGCUAAAGUACUUUGAUUUUAAGCAUAAGAUAUUGCAUAAAACUCAUAAAUCUCAUGAAUGUCUCAAUCUCAAGAAUUUCACAAUCACAAGAAUGUCUUGAUCCCAUGAGUAUCCAAUCUCAUAAAACAAAAUUUAGUUUGUUUACAAUCUUAUUAUUUUUAUAAUUUAUUGUAAAGACCGCAGUUAUCUCUUGAAUUAAUCAUCUGCUUACAGCCACAUCAACAAUCAUAGCAUUGUUUUAUUCACCCUCCUGUUUUUAUAGGAAAGAUCUACACAUUUAAAACGUCAGUGUCAACCUUUCUUGUAUGAGGCUGCAGAGGAAUCAGUGAAAGCAAUAGUGACCACAGUGUAUAAGCUUUCAUCAGAAAGUGCACAGAAAAUACAAGCUAAGACUCAUGAAAUAUAUAACGAGCAAAAUAUCUCAGGUAACUUUUAUUAUAAUAAUGGUAACAUGUUAAAAAGAAAGCAUCUAUAUUUUAUUUAACAAUGAAAAAAGAUCAGUUUUGCUCUAUGGAUGCCUUGAUUUACUCAAAUUCUACUAAAUGUAAUAUUGAAGUGCUGGUAAUGUGAAAGUACUGCACAACUCAUAAAUGUAGUUUUAUGGAUUUUUUCAAUUGUGAUAUUUAAUUAACUUUAACAAAUAUUUAAUAAUCUCCAGAAGGUAGCCCAUUGCCGGCACCAUCUAACCCCAGACUUACAUACUGUUACGCAGUUCAGCUGAGCAUUCCAUCCUUGAGACUCCCUGUAGUAGAACGACAGAUUGAGAAUGAGGUUGCUCAGCUACGGUACAAAAAUGAACCUCUUAAAAUGAACCAGGAACAUUUUUGGAAAAUGGUAAGUUUAUGGAAUAAAAUAAGAAGUAAUAAUAAUAAAGUUUAUUUGAAAAUCACGCUUCAUCCCCAAAGGCUACAAGAGCUGUACAAAGUCAACCAUAUUAAAAGAGAUAUGAAAAAAUCUAUAUUAUACCACAUUGAAAUACAAAACGCAACAUUACAAAAACUAUAUACGAGAAUACCCAUUCUAAGUCUUUCAUCCCUUGCAAAUAUACAACUCAGGCCAAUUUACAUCUAGGAGAUAAUAGCCAGCUGGAAAAGAUGGUAGACAACAUCACCCCAGCAGGUGUUUGCCUAAUAGAUGUGUUUUCCAUUCGGUUUUGAAAGUCUCCAGUGUCUGGCUGUUUCUGAGAGCGUCGGGAAGUGUGUUCCUAAUUGUUGAGCCACCAAAUGCGAAAGUGCUCCUUCCGUAAGUCUCGAGGCGAACACGUGGUAUCUAGAGUUUGCCACAACCGGAUGAGCGGAGUUGUCUAGUGGGUACAUAAGUUGUCAUAAGCGCUUUGAGAUAGGAUGGUGCCAGGUCAUGCAAGCAGCGGUAGCACAGAGUUGCAAUUUUGUACUCUAUGUGAGCGCGAACCGGCAGCCAAUGCAACUCUCUCAGAAGUGUUUUAGCAUGGUCAAAUUUGCGUUUGCGAAGAACAAUGCGAGCCGUAUUAUUCUGUGCUUUUUUAAUUUUAUGCAGGAUCGUAGCUGGAAGACCCACCAUGAGAGCAUUGCAGUAGUCCAUGCGUGAUAUCACGAAUGCAUACAUCAGUCUAUUUGUUGCAUCAAACGUAAGGUCUGAUUUGACUAAUUCUGCGCAGCUCUAGAAAAAUCGCCUUGCAAAGCAUUUUAAUGUGAUUUUCCAUAGCUAGUGUUCUAUCCAAGUAGACACCCAGGUUUCGCUCUGUUUGAGCAAACUCAAUCUGUAUUCCUGAGAGAGUAAGGGAUGGUGUGUUAUUUUCAGAUUUCAGCUUUUGAGCGGUAGCAAUGGGGAUCAGCUUGGUCUUUUCAUCGUUCAAUUUGAGCUUGUUUAUGUUCAUCCAGUGCUUAACUGACUCCACUGUAUUCUGUGUCAUACUAAGAAGCUAAGGGAACUGAGAGGGGAUCACGGAUGCUGAAGUUGGGUAUCAUCCACGAACAUGUAAUAUAGCAUGUCAAACUGCUUGAUCACUGCACCCAGGGGCUGAAAGUACAUAGUGAACAGCACUGGGCCUAGGACCGAGUCCUGGAGUACUCCAAAUUUGAUAAUAGAUUGCUUCGAGGUCAAGCCGUUUGCGAUAACUGAUUGGACCCGAUUUUUCAGAUACGAGCGGAACCAUCUGAGGACAGUAUCAGUAAAACCGAAACUUUUUUGCAGACACUGGAGAAGUAUGCCGUGGUGAAGCGUAUCGAACGCUGCCGAUAGAUCAAGUAAUGACAAAAUAAUGCACGUAUUACUAAAGCAGGACAAUCUAAUAAAUCUGCAAAUUUCAGCAUGUCCAGUAUUAUAGAUGCAUCUAAUUAGCAAUCAAAGCAAGGGACUUGGGUAGAUAUCUUUGAGCAAUAACAAAUAACAUUAUUGUUUAGGGCAGCGGUUCUCAACCUGUGGGUCACGACCCAUUUGGGGGUCGCAAGACCAUCUGAAAACACAUAUACUCUACAGUUAUGAAGUAUCAAGGAAUAUAAUUUUAUGGCUGGGGUUCGCCAUAACAUGAGGAACUGUAUUAAAGGGUUGCAGCAUUAGAAAGGUUGAGAACCACGGGUUUAGGGAAUCCAUUUUUACAUGAUUGUAAAUGGAAAUUUUUCUCUAAGGAAAAAUAGGGACACAACCAUAUAUAUUGUAUAUUUUUAUGUAAUUUUAAAUAAAUAAAUCAUUUUUGAUUUGAAAGUCCAAAUGACAUUUUGAGAAUUGCUAAAAGCUUUGAAUUAAAACUAUAAAAAAUAUGAAAAUAUGUUUCUUUGAAAUAUCUCCAACUAUACAUUAAGAUGUCAAAGCAGGACAUAGUGUAUUAUAAAUAAUAUGUUAUUUUAAAAAAUGUUAUGAAAGAACAUUUGUCACAUAUUUUUAUAUCCAAUGAGGUUCAUCUUAUUAUUAAAAUAACAUUUUAAAAAUAUCUAACCAUCAAAAAAGUAUAAUCCUAACAAUCAUUUCAAUCAAACUGUCGUAAACAGUUUGACAAAUUUCUUUUUAAACUUUAAGGACAUUACAAAAUUCAAAGUAAGUGUUAUAAUUGAUAAUUUGAAAAAUUACUACCUAAUUCUUUAUAUUUCAAGAAAAUAUGAAAUUGAAAAAAAAACAUGGUGGCUCAAUUGUGACUGGAGACAAAAUGAAAUAGGUAGAUCCAUACUUUUCUUUAAGUUUGUAUGACUAGCCAUUAUUAUUUCAAAAUAUCGUUAACUUUAUGUUAAUAAUUUAAAUUUAAACUUUCAGGAACAAUUAUAUGGGUUGAACUGUCGAGAUGAUCCACGUUUUGAUAAUUUCCUAUCAAGAGUUUGGUGUUUGCUUAGAAGAUAUCAAGUAAGUCCAUAUCAGUCUACCAACUAUCCACAAAAUGUUUGUCCUGGUAUAUCCACAUUUGUCUAGCACUUCAGAAGUCCCCCAUGACGUAUCAUUUGCAAAAACUCUGUUAGGCAAGCUGAAGGGGUUGGGUUAAUUUUGCUAUUAUCAACAACCCAUGAAAAAAGAUUUGCUAAAUUUUAAUCAAUUAUAUUUUGCCACUGCUAAAUUUCACAAAGGUUAAUUUGCUCUAAAGUUCUAAAAAAGAAAAAAAAACUGCAAAUAGUUUAUUUGAACAUUCUUUUCUCCUUAUGAAUGUAUGAACUGAAAUAUGCGUUCAUUCACCAGACAUAUUUUGGAACCUCAGCAAAUGAAGGCAUUGGUAACCAGGGUGCCCUUACGCCAUCAUUAAUGGAAUGUCUCAACAGGAUAUUUGGUGUGACAUUUGAAUGUUUUGCUUCUCCCUUUAACUGUUACUUCAAACAGUAUUGUUCAGCUUUCCCAGACACAGAUGGCUACUUCGGCUCCAGAGGGUAAGGCAUGCUGGAUAAUUUUAUACUUUUAAAGUUUUGGCCAACUGAAAUCAAAAUUAAUAAUGGCGCUUAAUGUAUGUAUCUAUUUAUAUAUAUAUAAAUAUCCCGGGUAGAGGGGAUUCGUUAACCUUGGAUGGCAACUCAUCUAAGAGAAGGAAACUCUGAAAUCAAACCCAGAGAUGGAGUCUCGAAAGGCGGAUAACAUUGGUACAAUGAAACAUUCCACAACUCCUGCGACGUCACUGGUGCCAAGCUGUCUCAUCCAAAGACUGGUGCCAAGCUGUCUCAUCCAAAUGAUGUUCCCUUGGAUUAUCCAGUGGCGUGGAGAGAGGUGAUUUGUUGUUGGGGACCAGCUUAUAAUCCUUGAAGAAUAAUCCCAGGCCUUGUGGAUUUCGGCCCCCCGAAGCCAACACCAUCGUCACAUGUGACGGACGGAUGCCAGCAAAAAUAUAUAAAUUUAUAUAUACAAAUAUAUAUACAGAGUGGUGGAUGAAGGGGGUUGCCCGGGGGCACUUUUUUCUUUAUAUGGCGGCACUAAUCCUAGUUGUGCUACUGUACAUAUAAAUUUUAUAUAUACUAUCCAAUAUACCCGGCAUGGCCCGGGAAUCGCAUUAGGACCCCGAUCUUGGUGGGACUGCGAUCCCGUAGUACCCCAUCACAUUCUGACCCCGAUCCCGACGCAAUCCCGCUUUCCGAUGGGAGCAUUCUCAGUGCGAUUUUGUUCGAAUAAGCUUAUAGAUCCAUUAUAUAUCCCCGUAUAACAAUAUAGAACCCUCUGGAACAUUCUAGAUUAAAUUUAAUAUCCUCCAUGAAAUGUGUAAUUAAUUACUUUUCUACAUAAUCAUUUCUCGACUGCAAAAUAUUUCAAAACUAAAUUGAACUAAUAUAACUAUAGUACAUUUAAAUUGAAAUAGGGGGCCAGUAGAGGCCCAUUUAAUAAAGUACCGUUUUAGUUAUGUCUAGAUGGGGGGGGGGGCCUAUAAAAUUCAUUCAGAUAAAUUAUAGAGUUAAAAUUUGCUCAUUAAAAUCGGUUUGAAAAUGCCAUAGAUAUACCUUUUUUAAAAUUAUCGAACUUUCUAGAAAAUUCUAGAUCGGCCCUGCAUGGAUUGGAUAUUAUUAGUUUUAAAUCCAUCGAUAUUUAAAUACGGAUGAUGAAAGUUAUUGCUAUCAAGCUAGGCAUAGAUUCAUGAAUUCACAUAGAACCUAUAGCGUUGUCUAAGCCUAUUGUAUUUAUAUAUAUUUUAUAUAAGGAAAAAUGACAUGGGGCCCCAGGCCACAGAGGAAUGGAUAUUACGAGUUCAGUACCCUUCGGUAUUUGAGUAUGGAUAAUCAAGUGUAUGUGUGCUAAGUUUGGUCAAUAUCAAUCUAUUAAUGUAGGAGUAUUUGUUUCUAAUUAUUUUUAUAUAGCUCAUAUAGGGAAAAAAAAUGAAUUCGGGGCCCCCGGAUUCGCAAAUGUUGUGUAAUAAAAAGUUCAUAACCCCUUAAGAGUUCCUUCCGGAUAAUGAUGGAUAUAUGUGCCAAGUUUGAUCCAUCAAUCCAUGUAAAAACGUAUGUGGAACAAAUCCAGCCAGCCUCAAACAAACUUUUACUUUUAUUUACAUAUAUAUAUAUAUGAUAUAUAAAAUAAUAAAUAUACAUAUUAUAUCUGUUAAUUAGAUAUUUGUUUUAGUUUUUCAAGGAAGUAGAUGUAAGGUUUUUUUCUGCUCAUUAAAGAUAUUUGAAUUGUAACAUGUUUUUAUUUGUACCGAAAUGGCUUAGCUCAUCUUACUUCAGGAGAUAUGUGACAGUUUGUAAAAUAAAUGCAUGCAAGUUUUGCAGGUAAUACUGGUAAUUAUGUAUCUAGAUUUCCCAAUUAAUGAAUAAAGAACUUAACCUUCUCAUUGCUUUUCGAUUUUUCUCAUAACUUGUCCUGUUAUUCAUCAGACCAUUUUUAGACUUUUACCCCACAAGUGGAUCUUUUGAAGCUAAUCCACCAUUUUCUGAAGAACUCAUGGAGGCCAUGGUAGAUCACAUGGAAAGUUUACUUCGUGAGACCAGUGAACCACUUUCAUUCGUUGUAUUUAUUCCUGACUGGAGGGACCCCCCAACAGAAGCCUUGAUACGUCUGGAGAACAGCAAGUAUGAUUUAUUUUUCUUAUUUCUAUGCUUUUCUCUUUCAUUACUUGGCUUGGAUGAACAGUACUUAUGCUAUCAAUAACAUGUUGACUAGCAUUUUAAAUUAAGAAAAUAUUAAAUAUACCUAAUUUUUUAAAAAUAAAUGUUUAUUGCUUAAAAUUACUAAUGCUUAUAUUGAAAUUAAUUAAUCUGGGGGUUGUUUUUAAAAAAUAAAUAAAAAUAGCUUUGUGAAAAGUAAUGGCAAAGUAUUUGAAUUUAUUCUUCCAAUUAUUGAAUGAACGUCGCAGUUAUUUGGAAGAUAUUUCUUUAUAUUCAAAUACAAUUUUGUUACAGGUUUAAAAGAAAAGAAUUUUCAUUACCGGCUCUAGAGCAUGAAUAUCGUCAUGGCUUUCAGCAUUUACCAACUGCUAAGUAAGCAAAGUUUUGAAAAACAUUUAAAGGUUUAUUUUAAGAAGUGAAAGAAAUUAUUUAUUUUCUAUAAUUCAAUGAGAAAAUAAUAUUUAGGCACUCAAUGUUCACAUAAAUCAGCAGAUUAUUUCCUUUAUUCCACACUGUGUUACCUUUAUAUGCCAACAAUAUAAGAUUUGUGAAUAAAAUCCCCUUAAAAUCCCCAUGCAUUAUAAUAACAAAAAAGUCUCUCUUAAUAAAAUUUAAAUAUUUUAAUAAAUGAGUUUUGCAUUCAUUCAUCUCUCCUGAAACAAAUGAAGUUAAAACUCCUAAAGCUUUAUUAAUUUUUUAUGCUGAGCUAUUGCAGCAUGUGGAGAUAUAGGACACUGCAACCUUCUGAAGAAACAGAAUUUUUUUCCCUUGUUAAUCUUUUUCGCCUAGAAACAGAAACAAUAUCUCAGCAAGCACAAACAGUUGUGGUCAGAUUUUAAAACAGUGAAAGUAAUGUCAAUCAUUUUGGUUUUCUCUUUAGUGUUAGUAAACUGACUGCAUCUUGCCAGUCAUGUGUGUAUUAAAUAUAAGAGUUUGUCUAGGAGAUAAUAUUUGUGUGUAGAAAUAACAUUAAACAUAUUGCGGAAAAGAUUACAGCUGGCGUUUGAAGACCAAUUCAAAGAAUUAAUUUGAUUGAACUGUAUGGAUGAAGUGUAUCGAGACAACUCAAAAUUGACAACUUAAAAGAAAAUAAAGUAGUAUAACUAUUCAAUUAAUGAAGUUAUUAAAAUAGUAAAAGAUAGUGUCCAGCUGAAAUUAAAGACAUUUAUUAAUUAUUAUGUCACAUUAACAUAAUUAACCUCCACAUUUUAAAAACAAAUUUGGAAAAAACCUAAUGUGGCUGACAUGUUGGUACAUUUAAAUGCUUCAUUUUUUAAACUUAUAAAGCUAUUGUAAUAAAAUUGUACAUAGUAACGCUAUGCGUCACGCUAAAUUUAAAGAUAUUUUAUCAAUUAUUAUUUCCAAUUAAAAUAAAUAACCUCACAUUUUAAAGGCAAAUUUGAUGAAAAGUUACUGCGGCCGACAUGCUGGUAAAUUUAAAUACUUUAUUUGUAAACUAAUAAAGUAAUUGUAAUAAAAUUGUACACAGUAACAGAUAGUGUCCAGCUAAAAGUAAAGGAAUUUUAUUAUUUAUUCCACUCGCUAGGUCUCAAAUGCCUUUAAAGUUGUGUUUUCUUCAUAUGCGAAGCUAACUUUGUAAUUCUUUGUAUAUGCCCCUUAAGGAAAAAUAACUCAAAGUUGACAAGGGAAGUAAUAACCCCAGUUGCAGUGUCCUAUAAGGGUUAUUUUUUACCUGAAUUGCUAUGUGGAUUUUUUUUCUUCUGUUAAACACAGUGUGUGUAAGUAAGUUACUUGUGUUUGCUGAUUUUGUUUUUAAAAUAUUUUUCCACACCAGAAGUAAAAUGAGUUCUCAAGCAAAUUUUGACACUCUGGUGGUAUUUCUUCAAAAUGAUGCAGGAUUUAAACGCUGGGGCCCCACACCAGAAAAAAUAAAGGAACUUAUACAGGCUUCUCGACCGAAGGAUCCGUUAAACAGUCCAUCAUCUCCAUCCUGAACCAACAAAGUAAGAAGCUAAAAAAAAUAUAAUCAGGCAAAUAGUGUGAAUGAAUGUGGUUUAGAACAAAAUUAUUUCAUUUAAUAAUGCUUAUUCAAAUAAAUGUAUUGAAUGUAAUUCAGUCUUAAGUCAUGACAAUUAGGACAAACAUUUUUUAGACAGGACAUUUAGGAUAGUGUAAGUUAUAUGGCAAAGUAAUUCUAAUCUGCAUCCACAGGAUUGCUUUAAAGUUAAAUUUGAUUAUAAAACUGGAUAAAAAUUUUUAAGAAAUAAUCUUUUACCACAAGUUGUCAUAAAUUAGUCCAGAAUAAUGGGCUUGGCCUAUUACUAUUACAUUACCUGAACCAUAAACUAAUUUAUCUAACAAAAAUAUUUUGAGUGCAUUAUUUACUUUUGAUAGAGCUUUUAAUUGCUUUUUUUGUCUUUCUAUGUCUACUAACUUUUGCUCUCUUUGGAUUAUUACAAUUCAGAUAGCUGACUGAAAGGAUUAAACAAUACAGAGGUAGCUGACAGAAAAGUGACAAAGCAAGGUAGAGGGGACACAGCAAGGUAGAGGUGACAGAGCUGUGAAAAGCAAUGAACUUAGUAAACAAAGGAGGAUGAAAUCACAUUUUGUUGUUGUUGCUAAGAUCAAUGUAUUUACAAUUCUAAACCAACUACAGAUCAACGUGGGUAGCACUUUCUGUUUUACUUACAGAUCUUGUCAAUCUCUGUGUUUCUAACAGUUAAGUUGAAUAUAACUGUUUCUAACAGUUAAGUUUACUUUGUAAACAAUGAAAGAUUAACAAGUUAAACAUGAAAUUCUCAAUGCAAAUUUUUUUCCAAAAAUGAAUGUCUGAAUUUGCAAUGAGGAUAAUAUAAUAGGUACUGAAUUUGUAGUAGACAUACUUAGUAAAUUUUUAUCAGAAUUUCUUUUGGUCUAGUUGAUAUUCUGUUAUAUUAUAAUUUUCUUCAUUACCCAAAUACCAUUCCUUUGGAGCAGACUAACUCAAUACCACUAGCAUUAAGUAAUAAAUAUUAAGCCAUUUUCUGUGAAAAGCCACUUUCAAGAGUUUGUGAAUGUUAUGGCAGACCCUUUAUUUCUGAAAUAAAUUAGAUCUUCAACACCCCUUGUGACUUAAAACAGAAUUUUAAUUAAAACCUUAUAAUGACAAUGUAAAACUUGUUUUCUUGGAUAUUCACUGAAAAUCAAAAAAAAAUUUCUUAACACUUUUAGAAUUAGAAUGCCUCAUUUACGCUAUAUUAAUAAGCUGUUAAUAAUCUUAAAAUCAUAAUUUUUGCAUACAUACCUUUGUCAAGAACCUUCUCAAUGUGAAAUCACCCCUUUUCAUAAUGAAAAACAUUUAACAAAAUUUUUCUGGUUCUUAAAAACGUCUUUUUUCAUAUUUUUUUUCUGUCACUUGAUAGCAUGUUCUAAAAUAAUCAGUAAAAUUAAAUGUAUGGUCAGUUUUGAGCCUACACUCUAAAAGUCACAAAAAAACAACUUCAGGUUCUCAUGGGUCAAAAGUAUUAAAAAGUGAAAUUUGAUUACUGAAGUCAGCAUUUUAUGCAAAUGUUCCUUGCCUUUUUUCAUGAUCUCUAAUUUAAAUAGUUAACAUCUGUUUGAAAGAUGUCCCCCAUAUGCAACUGUAUGUAAAAUCUCAAAAUCCUGGCACCUCAACCCUUUGGUGCAUACCUAAUAAAUGGAAGUCGCCUUAAAAUCAUUUCUAAAGAAUCCUCUUGACAAAGCAAAAUUGUUCUCACAAUAAGAUAUUUGUUAAAGGUUUGUUUUAGCUCAAGUCUUUUCCAGUAGUGUAUCUUUUCUGUCAGCUUUUAUUAUCGUCACAUCCAUCCAUCUAAGAUCUCAUCAUUUGUAAAUAAAUCAAUCAACAGUUUUACAAUCAUAAAAUAUCUGCUGUGAAUAAAAUACUGUGACCCAGGGUUAUUUCAAGAUCUGUUCAUAAGUCCCCAGUAAUAUUUUCUAGAGCAUUACACAUUUUCAAAAUAUAUUCUCGGGGUUCUCCAUUUCAGAAGGAUUUUCACAUUUAAUUUAAAUUUAGCAAAUGAACUUUAAAAAUAUAUAAAUAAGUACAGCAUGAUCUAUUUCAGUGUUUAUUAACAUUUCUGUGCACUGGAC